GACCGUGCGCAAAGACACAUUGUCUUUGUCCCUGGUGAAUCUUAUUUUGGGUACAUCGCUGACGCUUUCUUGAGGGCUGAACUUUGCCCACACCCUCCUCAUACACUUCCAGCGCUCGUUGACGCCGUGUCCUCAUGGUUGUCUCCCAGCUCCCCGCGGAGGCGUGCCCACGCCGCUCAAAUACAGCGCCGCAGACGCGCGUCUGACUCAUUGGGUUUGUCAGAGCGUACAGUGAGGUAAGCAGAGCCGCGCUGCCCACGCCGAGGAGAACAUGCGAUUGUCUCGAACCAUAUCCACUCCCGACAUAGAGACACAGCGCGUUCGUCUCAGUGUAUAGUGAAGCGCCUUUGCCGAUUUAGGAGAGAAAAGUUUUAGGAGGUGACAAAAGCUACGACGGUUUGGACGUCUACUUUCCAUCCAGCUGUUUGUGGAGGACGCAUGAUUUACCUGUGCCGGACCAAAAGCGAAGAUUGCAUGAAAGAUCUCAAGGCUAUACUGAGUUGCACCACACUGGGAGGCUUACUGGAUAAGCAGGAGAAGUAUCCCUGUGACUCCAAAAAAGUGUCUCCGCUUCUAUCUUCUCCCACGAUGGCCCUGGCCUCCUUCCAUCUGAUGCAAACUCUAAAGAACUCUCCGGCGGCUCUGCGUCGGCGAUUCCGUCGCGACCGAACAGAGAGCCUGUCUCACGGCGAUCCCCUCUUCAAGGUGCACUACCUUGGCACCAAGAAGAUCUUCUCCCUGGACUUGGAGCAGGCGGAGGAUGCCAUCGAUCGACUCCUGGAUGGAGCCCCUGGGAAGCUUUCUAAAGAUCACGCCCUAGUAGUGCGACCCCGAUACGUCGAAGUUAAAGAACUGAGCACCGGAAGGCAGCUCACCAAGACCUACUUGCAGGAUAUUGCGUACUGCGCCUCGCACACGGCCAGGCCCAAUGUGUUUCUGUACAUCUGCAGGCAGCCCGGUCAGCAGCUGCAAUGCAGAGUGUUCUGGUGCAGUCGGGCAGAAAGGGCGAAGGACAUGACAGCCUGCUUGGCGAUGUCGUUUCAGAGAGCGCUAAAUGACUGGCAGGGUGGAUGCGCCACGUUGCCGCAAGGGGAAGGGAUCACUAAAGAGCCAGAGAUUUCUGGUACGCCCACUGCAUCCAAAGGCUCAACAUUGCCAGCUAGUUUGGGAAAAGUCCGUUGGAAGAAGAGGGAGUCAGUGUCCCGCAGUCCUCUCCGUGCCAUUUCCAGAAGAGGUUCUGCCAGUGACAACUGGCAUUGAUGGACCCCGUCCCACCCUGAAGCUUGACCACAUUAAUUUUUUUGAUGCUUGGGAUUUUCCAGCAUGGAAUGUGAGGAAAAGGACAACCACACCUACAACUGGUGGAACGUUUGAUCUUUGAUAGAGUUUGCAACUCAAGUUCAGAGUCUGUAUUCUAAACAGCCACUGCAUUUGAGUUUACGGAUUUACCAAAGUGAUAAAAUGUAAGUUUCCAGAGAUCACUUUUUUUGGUUUAGGAAAUUGAUGGGUUCAGUCAUGCUGGUUUAAAUUUCAUCUCAGUUUGCUUAAGGACUAUGAGACACAACUAAAACUGCUAACCUGAGCUGAACUGGUAUCUAGUUUUAAAGCCAUGUAUGUAUCACAGAGUUGAGUUUUUCUAGUCAGUCUCCUCCUGUGUGUACACUACAUGUCUGGGUAGUUUGUUAAUGAGACUGAUGAGCAGUCAGACAGGCUUUGUUUGUAUUAGAGGUGUCAGGUGAGGAUCUGUGUGGGAAGUGGGUGGAUGCUAAAUGAUGGUAAACAGUAGGACCAGCACAUAAAAGUAAACGCUUUGGAAAAGUGUUUCUAUCCCAAAUGCACAAAGGAAGCAAUGGUUUUUAUGCUGUAAAUGGCAUUUUAAAGACAAUCAGUUUUAUUCUAAACUACUGUAUGCUUUCACAUGCUCUUUUUUUUUUUUUUUUUUAUAUGGCCAAAACCUUCACGCAUUAUUACCAAUGACUGAAUUAUAAUUACACCAUCAAUGUGACCAUCAUUCAUGGUGUAUUAUGUACUGCAUAAUUAUAUACUGUCUUGACAAUCAGGGCUGGUUGUAAUUUGGCGUUUUGGUACUGAGAUUCUUGUUUCUGGUUGUCUUUCAUAGCCAUAUAAUAUCCUGCUUUGCCUGGUUCUACCUCAGUUUGCCAUUUUUAUUCAGCUUUGAACUUAAAGCGUAAGUUCUAAUUCCAAACAGAUAAUGAAGAUUAGCAGUAUUGCUGUGUGCUUUUAAAAUGAGAUUAUUCUUUCUAUGCACCUGCAUUCCAGCAGUUUUUGAGGCCAUAAUGGCUCAUGCCCCCCCCCCCCCAUUUUUGGCUUGUUUUACUACAUCGGCCCAUUUUUCUUUGAGAAGGAAAAAAGCCCAAUAAGUCACUGUCUCCAGGCAACAGCUAAUGACGUCAGAAUGCUGACUGAUUCAAAGGUAUGCUUGUAUAGAGCGUCCUUGAAAAAGCAGCAUCUUUGCACUGCAGUUAUAUGUAGUUAUAAAUUGCAAGGAAGCAUUUUUAAGUGGCCUGGUUGCACAAACCAAGUAUUUUAAAGGAGGACACGCAUGACUGGAACAAUCAACAUUUCCUAGUACAAAAGAUUGUCCAGCACCUUAAGUAGCUAUUUCCCUAACACUGUUACAUACGCUCACUAAGAAUCGCAUCAUAUAUCACAGUAGUAUACAGUCGGUGCCUCACGGUAUUAGAAAUUCUGCCUCAUGUGUUAGGCCAAUUACAUCAAAGGAUUUCUUUUUUAAUUUUAUCCUUAUGGAUUUUAUUUAAAGUCGUAUUAAACCGUAUCUUGCAUUACAACGACCUCAGAUCUGUUGUUGGAUCUGUUCUGUCUGCUUUAUGAGGUGUUUAAUGUUCUAUGAAUGUUCUUGUACCUUCUUUUAAACCUAUUUUUGUGUAGAUAUUUAAAUAUUAAAUGUAUUUUAUGGAAUAUUAAACUUUCUAUACGUGAAA